CCUCUUGGUCCAACGAAUGACGUGAAUUUAAAGGGUGUUUACCACGAAGGUACAAUGACCUGGUACCAUCACCUAACCUUUGUCCGUUUUACUGUGGUGUGCAUAUUUCACACAGCACUCCUGAAGACGCGUUCUGCAAGGUCCACACAAGCGAGGAACACAAUGUUCAGGGUUGCCCUGCUGGUCAGCAUCUCCGCACUCCUCCAUACAGGAAUAGCCAAGCCUUACCCAUCAUGGGCUAAAGUCAUGGAGAGCCAGUUCCAGGAAACACUCAGGUCUAAGGGGCUGAAUCAGAAGGUGGCUUUGGGGAUGAAGAAACUGGAGCCCAUGGAGGAUCAAACCCAGAUAUUUAAAGACCAUGAUCCUGAUAUGUUCUUCAGGGUGGUGAAAAAUGCAGGAGGAAGCCCCAGGAAAUACCACCUGGCUGAGGAGGACCGAGAUGAGCUCUACCACCCCUCUUUGGAGCAGCUAGCUCAGGCUGCCCAUCAGUCAGUUCCUCUGAAACUGGUGGAGGAGCCCAGUUUCCCUAUGUACAAUCACCCAGAGGAAGACCGAGACCUCCUGCACCAUGGUGACCCUCUUUCCUGGAAGCCUCCACUUCAGCCAGAGCCAAAGCAAGAAGAGGAGCCCAGGCCCAAGAUCUACACCCACCCAGAAGAGGACCGAGACCACCUGUACCACCCAUAGGCAGGGGAAGGCCUCGCAAGGCAAAGGGAAUCUCACUCACAUGUAUCAAUAAGGGGAGAACAGAUGACUUCUAAGUGCAUGUUUAUCUAAUGGAAGAGUGUGCAACUAUGCAAAU